AUGCAAGAGUAUGGUGGAGUCUCGAGCAAGUCGGGGGAGUAUCGCGAUGGAGGUCCUGAAGGAGUGCGAGAGCGGGGCAUAUCGCACCAGGCUGAUGGCUACCAGACCCAGCAUCAGUAUGCCAUGAUGCAGCAAAAAAACUAUGGAUGCUCCAGCAAAGAUUUGUCAGACCAAAACAUGGCAACGUAUUGCCGUGUUGCAACAGGCAUCUACGAAGCGACCGCAUCAAACCAGUCGUACCAAAACCCAAGAUAUACCAAUCAAUCGGCCCCCACCUUUAGUUCACCGCCAAAUUCACCUCUUGUUGGCCUAGUUUUUGAUCCAUCUUCACCCAACUACAGUGGCACUGGGAUGAUAGGAGAGCGGAACGUCAAUGCAGACAGGCGAUCACAAAGUUCCUGGUCCAUCUCCAAUCAAGAACCGAUCGGUACUGGUGCGAAGAAGAAAAUAGUGAAAAGUCAAGAUAAACGUAAUGCUUACAGCGCCGACCCUCGAUAUCAUGAAAGGUACAAGGAUACUACUGAAUCUGAACGUCAGAGAAAGGACAGAAAUUUGACUUCUGAAUCUACUUCCAGCCUAGAUUUUUUUGUUGAAGGCGAAAGAAUGGUGUCUGAACUUUGCAACAUACCUGAUUCACGAUCUGAUUCUAAUAAUCAAAAACAAAAUCAAAAUCAGAAAUCAUCCAAUCAGGAAGAAGACAAAAAUAAGCCUUCCGUAUCAUCGGAAGUAUUACUAUCUGUACUAGAUAAGAUAAUAAUACAUGAUCAGAUACCAAUGCAAAUCGUUCAAUUGGCUGUGGAAGCAUGCACUGAUGCAGAGAACAUAGCAAUUGCUCACCACAAUAGACCAUGCUUUAAAAAUAUACACUCAAUCUGCGCUAAAACUAGAUCCAAUGUUCAAAAGCCAGAUAGCGCUGUUGCCAAUUUACAUUCUCAGGGUAUCCCAUGGGUAAUUAAAAAUUUUAUUUUCUCUUUCGUUAGAAUUUUAGAUGGUUGGAAAGGAGUUAAAGAAUUACUCAGUGAAAAGCAUGACACGUUUUCUAGAAUAGAAAAUAAAUACUACAGCCCUAACAUAAGGGAAUGUUUCGUGCAAUGGCAGGCUGUUACCAAAGAGAUGUUGACACAUAUUUAUAAAACGUUUAAGUGCCUGGACCACGGAUUUACUAUGGAACAGAAAAGUUUUACGCACAAUUAUUAUGCGACAAACUCAGCAGUGUCACGAAAUCAAAAUCAAAAUAAAUUUCAACCAGUGAAGCCGCACGCUAGCACUCCACGACCUGUUAAUGCUUCUCCACAGCCUUUCAACGCAGUUCAACCUCCUUGGAUACAGAAUCAGUCUCAAACGGCUACUCAAAGCUUUAACGAAGGCCCAUGGCCAGCACGAUCCGGAGUCACCUACAAAAAACAUCCUGUAGUUCCUCCGCCAAACUCCCACAAUUUCUAUCCAUUGAACGAUCAAAAUGAAAUGGACAGCUACCAAAAAGCGCCAUACAAAUGUGACCCGUGCAGUGUUCGUGAAGCAAAACCGCGACAAUCCUGGACUAUUACUAAUAUUCCUGACUUUCGAGCCUUGGAAGGCAUGUGUCACGCAGACCAACGAGAACUGUAUACUCAAUUGAAGCAUAAAAUGGAUGCAGAACUUGGAAAAGCACCGGGGCAACCGUUGAUAGGAAACUUGCCCUGUGAUUUACUGCAACGAAGAGAUAUGGAACUAAAAGCUAAAAUGAUACCUUUGAGCCAUGUGGAGAAGACUUUAAUCCCCAGCAUGGCAACUGGUAAUGAUGUACGAGGAUGUUAUGUGCAGAAAAAUAACAGCUGUGGCGAUACUAAAGAAGAAGCUGAUUUUUUUGCAGCGUGGGGUCAGAUGGUCCAAAAAGAACCUAGCGAUUUUAUAACUCAUCAUACUCACAACAUUCAAAUCCCAUCAAAUGUUGUGACGAUCUCAAAUAAUAUUUCUGGCCCCGUACAAUUCAUUGAUCCUGAAAAUGAUGAGUUUCAUGAAAUGUCCAAAGUUUAUAUGAAGCCUGGAAGCUACAAAGUACCUAUAAAACCUGCGGAUCCUAUAUCUCCGUUUAUUCAGAGCACUUCACAGGAUGUUGUUUACGAGAGUUCUGUAGGAGACGAUAUUCCACUUAAAAUGAAAGUUGCGUUUCCGCCUGUGACACUGGCACCGCAACCUAAAUACAAUAUUGAAUCAUGGCCGUGUUUGAUGUCUAGACGCACUGAGGAUAUCUUCGGCGAGGAACAAAAAAUAAUGCCAAGGCAUGGUAUACCUUGCUUGGAUAUCAGGGCGGCGGAAUCUUUAGAUCUUCUCAGUUCUAUGACAUCCGACCGCGCAUGGGAAGCUGCUAAGCAAUCAGCUCCAAAGCUAAUGGAUUUUAUCCACGAAGGAUCAAAAUCAGACACGGCACGAUUGUACGAUGCUUUAGGUUUGAGCAUAACUGAUGAAUUCCCGGAUGAUUUAAAGCAAGUAAAGCUUUGCAUGGAUCAAAACGAUGCCUGGGCCACUGGGCUAUCGAAUCAUUUUAUGACAAAGGACCUUACGAGUGUAUGGAAUGAACAAUCCACGGGUAAAAAUGACUAUUUAAUUGGUAAAAGCCAAGAUCAGACAGCGUUGAUUGAAGAUACUGUAAAAUUACUUGAUUCUGAAACAAAGUCACUUGAACCAGAUGAACCUCUAGAAAUUCCUGAAAACAGAAAUGAUGAGGAAAAAAAAGAGAACAUGCGCUGUCCCAAUUUCGAUCAAUCUGGCAAUUACGUGCGCGAUGAAAAUCAAAAAAGGUCUGGUGGAAAAGCUAAAGUGGCGGUGUCAGGUAUGUGGUAUCACCCUAAAAAGAAAAAGCCUUUACCGGCUAACACCGUUAAAAAAUUUGAGAUAAUAAUUUCUAAUCUCUCGCAAAUCAACGAAGCCGCUUUUAUUCAACAUGACAUGGACAUAAAAGUGGCACCGAGAUUUUAUGAAGUAGUAAAAUAUCCCAUGUGUCUUCACGAUAUAUCUACAAAGCUGAAGAAUUCUUCUUAUACUGAAUAUGAUCAAGUCGUUCAAGAUUUUAGGCGAAUUUUCAACAAUGUCCGACUUUAUCUUAAGAGCUAUCCAGAUCCUUCGAUGAAAAAAAAUGUUAAUAAAAUUUCAAAUGACUUCGAAAAGAUGUUAAACGAAGAAUUUCAAAACAAGUGGGAAAAUAAAACUAAGUCCCAGGAUGUUGCCGAUUGUCAAGAUAAAAUAAAAAAAGACGAAAAGGACGCUGAAAUAAAUAAAUCUGAAAUCAAAACUGAAGACAACAAGAAUAAUGAUUCCAAAACUAGUGGAGAUGAGAAAAAAUGA